ACCCACAGCCCGUUUGCGUCUCUGGUUUCGCGAGGCGCAGAGCAGAGCGCAAUGGACGACAGCAUGGGCAGCAGACGCAAUAUUUGAUUUCAGGAAUACAUCUACCGCACAUUCGGGGGGUAUUCGUUCAUUUAACCAGGAACGAUGCAGAAUCAUUCCACAUCCACACCUGCCGCUGUGGAAGCGCAGGGGUCGCGCUCUGUCCCGGAAGGACCCUCUCGUCCCUCCCCCGCACGGAUUCCUCCCGCACCCGUCUCCAGUAACCCUUUGGCUGCACUCUCUCACCCCCCCAGACAUCCGGCCUUGACAGGAACCGCUGCAGAAUCAGCUCCACACUCUGCUCAGAGCACCUCCACGCUGGCGGGUUCUGCUCCUCCACCAUCAUCUGAGUCACAUCUCCCAUCGCCUGCUCCCGUGUCUCCUACUAAACCCCCCUCCCUUCUCACCAAAAAGUCAUCACUCGAUUCCUCUCUUCCUUCCCAAGUCCCCAAAUCCUCGCCGUUUUCUAAACUCAGAUCUGUCUCCACUGAUUCCGCCCUCUUGGCCCAUGGCUCACCUACAGUCCCGGGGAAACGGACCUUUGCCUCCAUGGCCAAGCAGGUGAUCAUGCAGGAAAGGCUCAGGAAAGCGGAGCAGGAGGAUGCCUGCGACGAAGAAGAAGAUGACGAGCCAGAGGAGGAGCUGUCUGUGGAACAGAUAGAGGUCAAGGCUAAAGCGGGCGAUGCCAGAGCUCAGACCCAAUUGGGUCAGCACUACUUGAUUCUCGCUGAAGAGAAGGACAGUGAAUUAAAUAACCACCUGGCUGUUGACUGGCUGAUUAAAGCAGCCAAACAGGGAAGAAGGGGCGCAUCGAAGCUUCUGCAGCGCUGCUGGAUCCAGAAAAAAGGAAUAACUCAGGAGAAUGAAGCGGACGUGCGAAAGCUGUCGACGGAGAGUAGGUUCGAGCGGGAGGUGCGGAAAGCGGCCAUGAUGAUGUACUGGAGGCUCAACCCAGAGAAGAAGGAGAGGGUGGCUGUGACUGAGAUGAUGGAAAACGUCAGCCAGAUCAGUGCAAUGCCGGGUGGCGCCGCUGGCAGGACUCCGGGCCCGACCUCGGGCCAGACCCAGAAAGUGCUGGAAAUCAUGGUCAGCAACGAGUCCAAGCAGCUGGUGGAUGUGGAGGACUUCGUGGAGAUGACGAAGAAGUAUGCGCAAGGCUUCGUCCCCGGCUCGCCUGCAAACGAGAGCCAGGUCACGGCCAGGGCUGAAGACGCGAAGCCUCGCGAGGGCGACCAGCAGUUGAAGCACAGGACUGAGGUGGCCCCUCCAGGAUCCAAGAAGACAUCUCACAAAACAUCCUGGGGUUUCGGCCGAAGCGGGAUGAUGUUGGAUACGAGGCAGAGCGGAGCAAUAAGCAAAGCCAUGCACAUGAAAUCACGUCUAAUGAUGCUGCAGUACCCUCUCCACGCCAUCGUGGAGGUCAAGGAGCACCUGGUGGACUGGGCAUCGCGGGCCGGCGUCCAGUGGCUGAGCACCAUCAUCCCCACGCAGCACGUCAAUGCCCUGAUUUUCUUCUUCAUCAUCAGCAACCUGACCGUCGACCUGUUUGCGUUCGUCAUCCCCCUCCUCGUCUUCUACCUUUCCUUCGUCUCCAUGAUUAUCUGCACGCUGCGCAUCCUCCAGAGCAGCAAGGCUUGGGAGAACUUCAAAGCCCUGACGUCUCUGCUAACGCGCUUCGAGCCUGGGCUGGAUGUGGAGCAAGCGGAAACCAACUUUGGCUGGAACAACCUGGAGCCGUACCUCUAUUUCAUCUUCUCCGUCUUCUUUGUCAUUUUCUCCUUCCCCGUGGCCGACAAGGGCUGGAUCCCGUGUUCCGAGCUGUCCACCGUGGCCAUCUUCUUCACCGCAGUCAGCUACAAGAGCCUCAGUCCCACCGCCGCCAUGUACGCGCGCCGAGCGAUGCUCAUAGAGGUUGCCUCCUCCCUGUGUGGCCUCACCCAGUUCCUGCCGGAGAACAUGACGGCGCUUCGCUUCCUGGGACGCACGUUCGCCACGGUGCCGCUGGGGGAGUCGGUGGUGCUGAAGCUGAGUCUGCCUUGCCUGUUGUAUGUUUACCUCUUCUACCUGUUCUUCAGCAUGGCCAGGAUGCGCGGCUUCCGGGGCCUUUACGUCAUCCUGGUCCCGUACCUCGUGUGCUUCAUGUGGUGCGAGUUCUCCGUGGUGCUGCUCCGCGGCUCCUCCGCCGUGGGCCUGAUCCGCACCUGCGUGGCCUACUUCCUCUUCCUGUUCGCGCUGCCCGUGCUGGCGUUCGGCCUCGCCGUCAUGCUCGGCAUCCAGCUCUUCAAGUGGUUCCUGGAGCUGGAGCUGACCAAGAUGAUCGUGACGCUGGUCGUGUGCGCGAUACCGGUCGCCCUGCGCCUCUGGACCCGCUUCAGCAUGUCGAUUCUGGACGUGUUCCGCUCGCUGACGCACCGCGGGCCCGUCAAGCUCAUCCUGCUGGGCAUCUCCUUGGUGAUCCUGUUCUCGUCCGUGUACGUGUACCACGCGGAGGGUCAGAAGGUCUAUAACUCCACGCUGACGUGGAGCCAGUACAGCGAGGUGUGCGGGCCCCCCGCCUGGGAGGAGAAGGGCAUGGCCCAGACACAGAUCUUCUGUGGGCACCUGCACGGCCACAGAGUUACCUGGGCGGGCCGCUUCAAGCACGUUCGCGUGGCCGAGACGGAGAACGGGGCGCAGUCCGUCAUCAACAUGCUGCCCGUCUUCAUGGGAGACUGGCUGCGCUGCCUUUACGGAGAGACGUACCCCAAAUGCGAGCCCGCCAACGCCACGGCCGCGGAGCUGGCGGCCGGUGCCGCUAACGUGUCGCUGCCUGCGCUGCUCCAGAUGCAGGAGGAGGAGGAGCUGUGUCAGAUCAAGGCUCUGGCCAAACACAGCUGCCACGUCAAGCGCUUCGACAGCUACCGCUUCGAGGUGACGGUGGGGAUGGUGGGAGGUGGUGGGAGCGCCGGGCCGGCGGACCCGGCCACGGACCUCGUCCUCAUGGCGAGCCACGAGUUCAGGCAGGUGCUGCUCAACCUGCACCCGGGCAACUUAGUGGAGUUCAGCACCAAGCUGGAGGGCCGCCUUGGAGCCAGAGCCCCGGCCUUCGAGUUGAAGGCCAUCCACUGUCUGGACUGCGUCUCGUCGCUGCUGAGCGGAGGCCGGCAGGUGAAGAUAGAGAGGAACUGGAGACGCACCACCAUGAAAGCCCUGAAGUUCGCCUUUGACUUUUUCUUUGCCCCGUUCCUGUCCGCGAAGAUACCUGCCUGAGAGAGAAGGCGGCGGGAGAGUGGAGCGGAACCUAUUGUUUACAUGGAUCUACAGCUCUUAUACUGACAUUUUAACAUGGACUGUACUUUCUAUUGGAAUGUUUGGUAAUGCAUGAGUUUUCUACACAGAAAUGUAAAAAUUGGUAUUUAGAAAGUCAUUAUGCAGGUGUUUUAUAUUGGUUUGCAGUGAGGCUGUUUAUCUGUAACAUGAGGUCUCAGGUUUAGGGUUUCUACAUCUUUGCACAUAAAAAGCCAAACCAGUGAUGCCAUAGACAAUGAAUGGGUUUUACUGUUCAUAGUAAACAGGAGGAACAUUUCUAAAGUCUUUAAAUGCAGCUUUAAUCAAAAUUAGAACCCAGGUACCUUAUUGUGACUGACAACCAACGGUGUUUGGUCUGUAUAAUGGUACAGUCAGUGCCUUCUGCAUUGGUUUUCUGCAGAUUCGCAGUCUGUACGACUUAUAGAAGGAAAAAUACAGACUUGUACUGGA